AUGCUAGGUUCAUCUAUUGCUUGGCUGUUCUUGGGUUUCUCCUGCGCCAUUUAUAUUCCUUUGCGCUUCAUGAAGCUUUUAAUUGCAUGUACGAGCUACAUCAGUGAGAGGGCCAGCCUUAUUCCUCGCCCCGAUCUCAAAAUAGCUACUAGGUUGGCUUCGAGUGCUGGAAUCAAGCCGUCCAGUUGGUAUCGAGAUACAGUACUAGAAUGGGAAUUGCCUCUGGGUUACAUUUGGUGCCCAAUUUGUUUUGCCUCACGGGAGUGA